AUGAUUCCAGCUGCAUUGGAGACGCAAAAAGUUUUCCUAGAGUACUUUCAUUUAUCCCCUCUCAAGAUCAACCUCAGUUUUUCACUGGCGUCUUCGUUUGAUGAGGACGAUGAGGAUCAAGCUUUUGCUCAAGACUUGUUGGAUUUCUUUGUCGACUCCAUUGGGGCGACGCUCACAGAUAUUAAUGAUGCCACACUUAAAAUGGCUUAUUUCGAGCGAGUCAGUGCAUUUUUGACUCAAGAGAAUCUUGUUGCUCAGAUCACGCGGCAUUACACAAUGCAGGGUGUGCGUCAAGUUUAUGUUCUUGUACUGGGCCUUGAUGUGCUUGGCAACCCGUACGCACUGAUUACAGGGAUUGGCAAAGGAGUUAAGGACUUGUUUUAUGAGCCCUAUCAGGGUAUCAUUGCAGGGCCAGGAGAGUUUGCUGAAGGUGUGGCUCGUGGUGUUAGGAGCUUGCUGGGUCAUGUGAUAGGUGGAACCGCAGGGGCGUUUUCGCGCAUAACGGGGUCAUUGGGUCAGGCUGUGGCCACGCUCACGUUCGACUCAAAUUUCCAGAUGCGACGACGUCUGCGCAUGCACAGUCAACCUCAAGGUGUUGGUCAAGGACUGUUGAUGGGAGGAAAAAGUCUGUUGAUGGGUCUUUUCUUUGGACUGUCCGGUGUAGUUGUAAAACCCGUAAAGGGUGCCCGUUCCGAGGGUGUGGAAGGAUUUUUCAAGGGAAUUGGGAAAGGCCUCCUUGGAUUGCUUACACAUCCAACAGGAGGAGUUAUUGACAUGGUCAGCUUUACUCUUGAUGGAGUGAGAAGAUCAGCGGAACAGAACGGCGAAGAUAUCGCCUGCAGGAUGAGAAUUCCCCGUUUCACAGCCCCCAAUAUGCCUUUAAAGCCUUUCUCAGAGCACGACGCCAAAGGAAAUGGAAUCUUGCAGGGUUUAGAUAAAUUUGACGGCGAUGUUUAUAUAGACCAUAUGAGCAUUACAGAUGAGGACGAUAGUAUUGUGGUCCUCUUGACAGACAGGAGGAUAUUGAAUUUGCAUCAAAGGAAGUUUUGGCAUAGUUGGGAAGUGAGAUGGAGUUGUUUAUACGAGGACGUUGUUGGUUUCCCUUUGCUUACUGAAAACGCAUUAGUUAUCAAAGAACAGUCUUCUAAGCAGGAUCAUUCAACUAGUCUUCCCUCACUUCCUACUCACGACAUUGUGUCUUCAAACAGGAUGGAACUAGAGACUCUUAAAACCAAGAUUGACAGCAACAUUCGUCACUUUCGAUGAAAAUUUGAAUCGUAACCAUUUCAAGUCAAGAGUGGUGGCUAGACUUGCAGAUGACACAGUCUGCGUGAGCAGCAACCGUGUUCAAGAAAAUUCCAUACUCUGACCCCACCAACAUGAGAACUGAAUUCAAUGAAAAAGUUUUAUCUAGAAUGAGUCGGUUAGUCAUCUGAUGCAGAAGUAAUCUAGUUAUGUCAUUGUUGU